AGCGAGCUUUAAACGAACGUCUCGUCUCACGUUUACACCACCGUGCCCCUUGCCAUGUCGUUUGAUUUCAACGGAGCGCCUGCCGAGUCGGACCCCACCGCCGACUUCUUGGCGCGCGAGCGAGCGGCGGCCGGCACACUCUCGGGCGAGGCCGAUCUCUUUGGCGGCGCCGGUGCUGGUGCUGCGUCGGGCACAGACAAGGACUUCGACGCCGGCGCAUCGCAGUUCCCUGCCUUGGAUGGACAGGAAGACGAUCUCCUGGGAGGCGGUGGCAGCAGCGGUGGUGUAGGAAGCUUCUCGGGUGCGCCUGCGCCCGCUCCCUCGCAACCUGCCCCGGCCCUCGACGAGCGCGAUCAAUUCGAGAGAAGCUUCCCUCAGCUCGAAGAGGAAGAAGAGCUUGCUCCUCCCGCUGCCCCUCCGGCCAACGCUGCCUCGUCGAAUGGCUUCAUGGCACCCCCGGUCCAGUCCAAUAUCUCGAAGUCCAUGACUCCUGCGCCCUUGGGCGUGACCUCUGAUCCAUAUCACCUUGGCGAUGAGGAGGAGCCGGAACCUGUGCGCGCCUGGAGAGAGACACAAGGCGAAGAAAUCGCCCGUCGAGAAGCAGCGGCAGAGCGCAGAAAAGGCGAGACGAUCUCGAAGGCCGAACAGGAUAUCGACAACUUCUACGCAGAGUACAACAAAAAGAAGGAAAAGAACAUUGCUCAGAAUAAGAAAAACGAGGCUGAAUUCCUCGAGAACCGAUCUCGAGACCUGGCAGAGGGAACGACGUGGACACGCGUGACCAAGCUCGUCGACUUGCAAAACUCGCAGAGCAAGACGAUUUCCAGGAGCGGGCCGGGCGCAACAGAUUUGACGAGGAUGAAAGAGGUUCUCUUGAGCCUGAGGAGAGAGGGAGAAACGGCUCCCGGUGCGAGCGGCUACUAGAUGGCUACUAUCUUCUCUCUGAGUGCAAGAGAAAUGAAUACACACGAUUUGGUUGGGGUACAUUGAGAAGCAAGGAUAUAGCAUACAUAAGAUAGAGACCCGGAGGUGGCGAGAAAUUGUUGUUCU